CAGACUGGUCUCCAGCUGUUAGCAUCGCCGAGCCCGUCGUAGAGAAGUCGAUCCAUCAUGAGGCUCGUGCUGCCCAACCCAGGCCUGGAGGACCGGAUCGUUCCCCUGGAGGAACUCGAGGCCAUCGAGGAGGAAGAGGCGAAAUCGAGGCCAAAAUGGGAUAACAAGAUGCAAUACAUGUUGACCUGCGUGGGUUUUUGCGUGGGAUUGGGAAACGUGUGGCGAUUCCCCUAUCUCUGCCAGAGCCAUGGAGGAGGAGCCUUUAUGAUCCCAUUUCUCAUCCUGCUGGUCUUCGAGGGCGUCCCUCUGCUCCACCUGGAGUUUGCCAUCGGGCAGAGGCUGAGGAAAGGGAGCGUUGGUGUCUGGAGUUCAAUCCACCCGACCCUGAAAGGAGUUGGUAUUGCUUCCAUGUGUGUAUCCUUCAUCGUGGGAUUAUACUACAACACUAUCAUUGCCUGGGUUAUGUGGUAUUUCUUCAACUCUUUUCAAGAGCCACUGCCCUGGAGUACUUGUCCCCUGAAUGACAACAGAACAGGUUACAUCGAUGAGUGUGCCAGGAGCUCACCCGUGGAUUUUUUUUGGUACCGAGAGACUCUAAAUAUUUCCACAUCCAUUAGCGAUUCGGGAAAUAUUCAGUGGUGGAUCCUGCUGUGUUUGACCUGUGCCUGGAGCGUCCUUUACGUCUGCACCAUCCGCGGCAUCGAAACCACCGGAAAGGCGGUUUACGUCACAUCGACUCUUCCUUAUGUGGUGCUGACCAUUUUCCUGAUCCGCGGCUUGACGCUGAAGGGGUCGACCAAUGGGAUAGUGUUUCUCUUCACUCCCAAAAUCGAGGAACUGACCAAUCCAGUCACGUGGCUGGAUGCUGGAGCUCAGGUGUUCUUUUCCUUCUCCCUGGCCUUUGGAGGACUCAUCUCCUUCUCCAGCUACAAUUCCGUGCAUAACAACUGUGAGCGAGAUGCCGUGAUCGUGUCCAUAAUCAACGGUUUCACGUCAAUUUAUGCCGCGACCGUUGUCUAUUCCAUCAUCGGCUUCCGAGCCACAGAACAAUAUGACGAAUGCUUUCAUCAAAACAUCCUGAUGCUGAUGAAUGCAUUUGAAUUGCCAGAGGGUAAUGUCACUCAAGAAAACUUUGAGGAAAUGCAGAAAUUAUUGAACUCGACCAACCCUGUUUUAUUUGCGAGCCUUAACUUUCAGACCUGUGACCUCAAUUCCCUUUUGUCCGAGGGUGUGGAAGGAACUGGGUUGGCCUUUAUCGUCUUCACCGAAGCCAUCACCAAAAUGCCAAUCUCCCCUCUGUGGUCCGUUCUCUUCUUCAUCAUGCUGUUCUGCUUGGGCCUUUCAUCUAUGUUUGGAAAUAUGGAGGGAGUGCUUGUACCUCUGAUGGAUCUCAAGGUUUUCCCUAAAAAAUGGCCCAAGGAACUCCUGACAGGGCUCAUCUGCCUGGUAACCUAUUUGAUUGCCUACAUUUUUACCCUGAGAUCUGGCCAGUACUGGCUGUCUCUCCUUGACGGCUACGCGGCGUCCAUUCCUCUGUUGAUCGUGGCGUUCUGUGAAAUGUUUUCGGUGGUCUACAUCUAUGGAGUCGACAGGUUUAAUAAGGACAUUGAAUUUAUGAUUGGUCACAAGCCCAAUCUCUUCUGGCAAGUGACAUGGAGAGUCAUCAGCCCUCUUGUCAUGUUAGUGAUCUUCUUGUUCUUCUUUGUGGUACAAGUCAAUGAAGAACUCCGGUACCUGAUUUGGGACCCCGACUAUGAGGAAUUCCCCAAGUCCAAGAGCAUUCUCUACCCUAACUGGGUGUACGCUGUCAUUGUCAUUGUGGCUGGGACCCCAUGUCUGGUCAUCCCCGUCUUCGCCAUCUACAAAGCCAUCAGGAAUCGUUGCCAGGAACAAGACGACCGGGGAGAGCUCUUUGCGACUUCUUCUUUCCCCUCUGUGAACGGAGAUCUAAAGAAUUAGGCUUCGGGCCAGUGGGAUCGGGAUCUUAAUUGGAUGAGGAAAAGGAAUAAAACCCAAAACCACAACCCAGCAGGACCCUGGAACACCAAGGGCUGGGGCGGGACACUGAGGCCCUGACGGAGACUUCCUCUCGGCGGAGUGGAUGGUCUAACUAGCUGGACCCGGAAAACAAGGGUGACUACAUUACUUUGCCAAGGCUAACUAUGGUUGGACGGCUCCGUGGCUGCUCUUAAAUCACUAAGCACCUCUGGAACGGGCACCGAUUAAAAGACUUAGCCGCUGAGGUCCCUCA